AUGGUGCCUUGUCAGACCCAUGUGUUGCUGAAGUGGCAGGAGCACUUCAAUAGCUCCUGGGCAGCGGAGGACAGUGUGCACGCAGCCACAAGGCAUGGAGCUGCUGCGCUCUACAAUAAGCUCCUCCACAACAAGGAGGUGGUGACUCUGGCCCAACCUGUUCAAGAACUUGUUGGCCCUCGCCUGCCAGACUUUGAGUGUGAGCCCUGUGCUUCUGCAGAGAAAGAAGAGUACCUGUCAUCCCUGCUUCACAGCCAGCGAUGGCUGGCUCACCGCAUGCUGACGCAAACCUCCUACACUCUGGGCCUCCACCACAGGCUGGUAGUACUCCAGAGGAUCUACUACGCACUCCACACCAAAUACCACGACAAAUUCCGCGUGCAGCUGCCCUCCCAGUCCACCGACAGCGGGACAGAAUGUGGGCAACUUGAGCUGGCCUCAGAGCCCUGCCUGCCAGGGGGAUCAUCCAAAGUCAAGUCAGGUACAGAUGUUCUGAUAGAGAUGGGUGUAAGGACAGGUUUGAGUCUGCUCUUCUCCUUACUACAACAGAACUGGCGAUACGCAGCCUCUGUACAUCCUGAAUCGGUGCUUUGCAAUGACGUGCUAGCAACAGCAUCCUCUGUGCUGGCCUCUCUGCCUCCACUCUCCCUGGCCAAUGAGAAUAAGAUCCCAUCAGUUGGGCUGGACUGCCUGGCGCAGGUGGCUGAGUUCCUAAAGAAGACAUCUGUGAGCAGCGGUACUGGUGGGGCAGACCCGACUGGUCGGAGGCUAGCGCUGGAACUGCUGCUUGGCCUUGCCAUGCAGAGAGGCUCUCUGAAGUUUCUGCUGGAGUGGGUGGAGGUUGCCUUGGCUGCUUCCAUGUCCUCCUGCACCUCUACACUGUCUUCCUCCUCUUCACUGAGCUCCCAGCACUCAGCUGGUGUGGGCUUUGAUGUCAUCCACCAAACUCUUUUUCAAAUGAGGCAAUAUUCGGGUUUCCGUGGGGACUCUGUCAAUACUCAGGUGCUGAAGAAGGAUGCAGAUGGACUUUGUCGUCUCUCCCAGGCAGCUCUAUGCCUAUUUGAGGAGAUUUGUAAUCUAGCAUCCUACUGCCUGUGCUCAUGCAGCACUGAUGCAGCUGCUCCUGGUACAGAGAGUGACACAGUCAUGGUCUAUGUGUGGGGCAGCAACAGCAGCCAUCAGCUGGCAGAAGGAACUCUGGAAAAAAUCCUGCUGCCAAAACUGACGCAGGGCUUCAGUGAUGCCCAGAUGAUUGAAGCAGGCCAGUACUGCACUUUUUCGGUAUCUGCAGAUGGUUCAGUGAAAGCAUGUGGAAAAGGCAGCUAUGGCCGUCUGGGUCUGGGCGACUCCAACAAUCAGUCAAUGCCCAAGAAACUUGUGCUGGAGCCACAUAGAAACAUGAAGAAAGUGUCCUCCUCCAAGGGCUCGGAUGGCCACACACUGGCCAUCACUUUAGAGGGAGAGGUGUUCAGCUGGGGUGAUGGAGAAUAUGGCAAACUGGGCCAUGGCAACAGUGCUACACAGAAAUAUCCCAAAAUCAUACAAGGACCGCUAUUUGGCAAAGUUGUCAUUUGUGUGUCUGCUGGCUACAGACACAGUGCUGCUGUUACUAAUGAUGGAGAGCUUUAUACCUGGGGGGAAGGAGACUUUGGCAGACUGGGACACAGUGACAGCCAGAGUCGGAACAUGCCUACACUGGUGAAGGAUAUCAGUGGUGUUGGGCAGGUGGCUUGUGGCAGCUCCCACACUAUUGCUGUGGCACAGGAUGGACGUACUGUGUGGUCCUUUGGAGGAGGAGACAAUGGUAAACUAGGACACGGAGACACCAAUCGUGUGUAUCGCCCCAAGGUCAUAGAAACCCUGCAUGGAUUCAUCAUCAGGAAAGUGUGUGCUGGCAGCCAGUCAUCUCUGGCUCUUACCUCUGCAGGACAGGUGUUUGCGUGGGGCUGUGGCUCAUGUUUAGGAUGUGGUUCUUCUGAGACGACCUCACUGAGGCCCAGGUUCAUAGAAGACCUGGGUAUCACCAAGAUCAUUGAUAUUUCAUGUGGGGAUAGCCACUGUCUGGCUUUGUCCCAUGAGAAUGAAGUAUACGCGUGGGGGAACAACACCAUGGGCCAGUGUGGGCAAGGCCACACUUCUACACCUAUUACCAAACCUAAGAAGGUGCUUGGUCUAGAGGGCGUGUCCAUCCAGCAAAUCACUGCUGGCACUUCUCACAGCCUGGCCUGGACUGCAGUUCCAACCGAUAGGCAACUGGUGGCCUGGCACAGACCCUUUUGUGUUGACUUGGAAGAGAGUACAUUCACCUAUCUACGCAACUUCCUAGAAAGUUACUGUGAUGGCAUCGGGAAUGACACUCCCCCUGCCCCAUUCAUAUCUAAAAGGGACCACCAUCAGUUUCUUUUGCUGUGCAUGAAGCUGCUGUCCAUCCACUUGUCCUUGGCCCAUGCUGGAGGGACUGGUGCAAUGGUUUUGGGGGCCCAGGGUAGGCCCCUCAGGAACCUGCUCUUCAGACUAAUAGACACCAACAUGCCAGACUCUAUACAGCAGGCAGUUAUGAACAGUCUAUCCAUCGGGGCGUCUUUGCUGCUGCCUCCUCUGAGGGAAAGAACAGAACUGCUCCUCUCCCUCCUUCCUCAGGGCCCCCAGAGCUUAAAUGUCCUUUCCAAAGGACAGCGUCUGCAGUUAGACAUGGUCCUCAGCAGCCUUCAGGACCAGAGCCAUGUAGCCUCUCUGCUCGGUUACAGCAGUUUGGGGGAAGUGACAGCCCUGGGACCCCCUCUGACACCCGCUAUGACAAUCCGACCACCCUCUUCUUCCAGCUCUGUUGAGGCUUAUGACCCUUUGCAUUUAGCAGAGGUGCUGCUCAGAACCCUUCUGCUGAGCAUAGGCUUUUACACGGAGCGGGCAUUUGGAGAAUUGGAGAAAAAUAGUGACAAACUGCUAUCCAGUGAUAAUCAGGGACAGACUGAUCCUCCAUCUCACUUCCACCAGCUCCUCUCUGGACUUCACAAACACCUGCUUGCCCAUUGUUACAUUCAUUCCAGCCCAGAGGAUGACAGCAGUGUAACGCUGCUUUGUGAGCAUCUUUACCUGCUGCUUCCCUGUGCUUCUGAGACACUGAGGAGAUCCACCAAACUGUUGAAAGAGAGUUUCCUGGACAAACAAAUCAUCAAGAAGCUGCACAUGGUGUUGUACAACUCAGUUGCUGGCAGCCUGCUGUGCCAGGUUAUGUACUCUUUGCUGCUGCUGCCCCUGGGCACGGUUCAACCUCUUCUCAGCCAUUUACUGGCCUUGUUGGAGCAUCUCAAUGACUUCAGCAGAUUGCUGCCAGAGACAGGCCUGCUGGAGGAACAGGAGCUAGGGAUGGAGGCUCAGAAACCCUGCACAGAUAAAGGUGAAGAAAACACAUGUCCUGGACAGCAGCAACAGCAGGAGGAGUUCAAGUGGACUUGGCUGUUAGAUCUGGAACGGUCUGUAGCGCUGGCAGUCGGCCGAUGCCUAGGUGGUAUGUUGCAAGGCCUGCCACCCUCACCCCAGGAGAAAACGUCAGAGUUCUGGCUAUCAAAUAUCCUCCUCAAGAACGGCCUUGAGAUGGACUUCGAACAGCUGGACUCUAGCAUGGCAUGGCUGACGGAGGUGGCCCUGCUGGGCAGUAGUGAUUCCAGGCUGGCAGAGUUGAGUCUGAGUGAGGAAACCAGGACUUUACUGGAACUGGCACUGGGAUCCUCCAGAGGAUCUGCAGGUGGUCUGUGGCGGAAGAUGGAGGAGUACGCUCUCAGCAAAGCAGAAUGGGAGAGUGGGGGCUCUUCGGGCGACUGCUUGCUGCAGACUGUCUGUCGCUGUAGUCUGGCUGCACUUUUGAAGCACACUGGGCUGCAGGAUGAGGCCAGUGUGCAGGACAGAUAUGAGCCCUGUGAGCUGCUGCUAGAUGUCUAUGAAACAGUUUAUAAAAUCAGGAGCACGCUGUUGGCCCAUAAAAACUCCCCAAAGACCUCACAGGUGCAGGCUGCUGCCAAACAGACCUCUCAAUCUCCGCAAAGUCCUGAUUCAGACAGGCAAGAACCAAGUACCUCAGUGGACCAGGCAGGAAAAGAGCAACAGCAGUCCGGAGGUCAGUGUAGCCGGGAGGUGCAGGUGCCCCCAACUCCCACAGCAAACCACAACCAGGAAGACAUUGCAGAGGAGGACACAUUUAGCAACAGUCGUAUGUACCUGUCAGAAGUAUUGGAGUCAUUCAUGGCUACCCGGGAGGCCAUGCAAGUACAGCAGAGCGUGACUGUGUACGAGUCCUUUGGUACUUCCACCCUCCCCAGCAGCAUGGAAAGCCCUGUCAGCCCAGAGCGGGAGCUGGAUCGCAAGCAGCAGUGGGAAAAGCACGGAGAGUCCGAUGAAAGCUUGUCUUUUCCUGCUGCCUGCCAUCUGGUAGUAUCCCGCUGUCUCUUCCUCCUGCUGGGGGUCAGGCCUGCUUGGGUGGAACCCAGCGAAAGGGAGAAUAUUCAGGCAAUGAACAGCAGAGCAAGGAAAUCAACAGAAUCCUUGAUGAUGGCUGAUAGCAGAAAACAGUCUGAUCAAUCCAAAACCACCAUGGGAUCUUCAAAGAAUAAAAUGGGCUUACCUCUCUGCUCUCUGGGCAUCAUGAAAGACGCUUGGGAUCGCCUGAGACAGUGCAUCAGCCCAACCACCUCUAUGCCCCACUAUGGCAACAACACUUUGUUGAUUCUUAACCAGGUGUUUAACUUUGUCUGCGGAAGCUUGUUCUACUCGUCAGCCUCCUCACCAACAUUGCCGGGUGGACAGACUUGUAGUCACGCAGAUCCGAAGGCCAUUACUUUUGCCAUACUGCAGCAGCAGCAGAGGGCUGAGGUACGUCUAGAGGCUUUUUGUCAGAUGUCAUCCUUCCUCUCUAAGAUGGAGGAAAAGAUCAGUGGUUUCACAGUGUCCCCUCAGUUUCCCACAUUGUUACAAUCGGUGCAGCUCCAAUUCCUCUGUGGAUGCUUUGGUCUGGGAACACAAAUCAUUGGCUCUCAAUCGGGAACUCAUUAUGAGAUGCAGCAUUACAUGUCUGGUACGCAUUCAGCUUCCAUGGAUACACAAAGAGAGCUACAAUCUGCAGCCCACACUUUCUACCAGCAGGUGGUGCGUGUCCUCAGGCAGAGGGUCCUGCUGGAAAGAGAACAUCCAGGUUCCUGCCAGCACCUUCUCCUAGCCACCAUGUUUGCACUGAAUUUCUGCUACCAACCAGUGGACCUGGUGCUGGUCAUUGAGUGUGGCAUCCUAGAAAUCCUUUCCAUGCUGACCAACAACAGCUGUGCACUGAUAAACCAGGGCUGGUAUGCAGCUUCUACAUCUGGAACCAUGCUACUAAGCGGAGCUGUCAGACUAGCUUGUGCCCGACUGCUUCAGAUAUUGACUGUAGCUUCAAGCUCCUGUGAGGAUUUGGUACCCAUGGAUGUAUCUGAUGCUCUAAUGGAAGUGAUGUGUGAGCAGCUCCAAAAUAUCUUGUACACUUUCCAGCAACAGCAGGCAGCAGAGAGAGGAACAGCUGAGAGGACAGAUCUGGAGACCAGCAGCAAGAGUGCAAAUCUAGUUGGAGUGGAAAGCAGCAAAGUGGUUGAAUCUCAGCUUGCAGAUUUCCUGGUGUUUCUGAGGCGUGUAUUGUCCUUAAGAGUGAUGAAAAAACUUUCUACGUUUGUCAAAUGGAUUGAUCCACUCAUGGCCAUUAUUUCCCACAAGUGCUCUUCGGGAUCUCCAUGCUUCCAAAAUCUUCGCACUAAGCUUUUGGCCUUCCAUGUUUUAGAAAGACUGUUACCUGCUUGUUCUGAUACAGCUCAAAUUCAACAGAUUGUUAAACAUCUCUUUCAGCUGUUGUCUGCUUAUAUGUGGGAGGAACCACUAGCUGAGAAGAACCACGAAGAGACAGCGGAUAAAGACAUGGGGAAUCCUGGCAGCUAUGAUGAAUGUAUUCCCAUUGGAGACUUUUCCUUUGACCCACACAAGUUAAUCUGCUGUUCUCUGGAGAGCGGGAACAUCCUCUCGCAUGGCUCAGGAGGGAAAGGUUAUGGCCUGGCAACCACUGCAAUCACAUCUGGCUGUUUUAUAUGGAAGUUCUACAUUACCAAAGAGAACAGAGGCAAUGAAGGCACUUGUAUUGGUGUUUCACGCUGGCCUGUUCGAGAUUACAACCACCACACCACCACUGACAUGUGGCUAUAUCGUGCUUAUAGUGGCAACCUGUACCAUGGAGGGGAACUUGUCCGCACCCUUCCCUCCUUUACCCAGGGUGAUACCAUCACCUGCAUCCUGGACAUGGAGGCUCACACUGUAUCAUUUGCAAAGAAUGACAAGGAGCCAAAGUUGGCAUUUGAAGGUGUGGUUGCCUCUGAACUGUACCCUUGUGUGUUGUUCUACAGCAGUAAUCCUGGAGAGAAGGUGGCACUGCGUGACCUCCAGAUGCGAGGCAUGCCCAGUAAUCUCCUUCCUGGGGACCCUCUCUGCAGCCCUCAGACCACCGUGUUGCUGGAGUCAACAGUGCAGCUCCUCCGUAGACUCCAUCAAUGUGACCAGUGGUCCCCACACAUCAACCAGCAUAUCCAUACCCAUCUGGAGCUUAUUGGACCCUUGCUUAAAGAGGAUGAUUUCGGAAGCAACAGUCCAGGACUCAGUAACACAUACUUGGAGAAGGAAGAGAAUGAAAAAGAGAAAGAUCUGGUCGGUGAGAACACGGGGGAUUUGCUGGGGCACCGUAGGUCCCUGUCAGAGACCAAGCUGGCUGCUCUUUGCACUGAAGUCUGGCCAGUACUGGCCCUGAUCGGUGGAGUGGACAAUGGUCUCCGGGCUGGAGGUUUAUGUCUUCACAAGCCCAGUGGGCGCAGGGCCAUCCUGCUGGGGGUCCUGAAAGAAGGAAGCUCCCUGGCCAAGCUUCAGUGGGAGGAAGCAGACCUCUCUGUCAGCUCCAUGAAUUCUUGGUCACCCAGCGACACACCGAUCAUCUCACUGGAGCCCUGUGACAUAUCCUGCUGCGAUGUCACCCGACUCGGAGGCCUCAAACCAACCAUCUUGUUAGAUCUGAUAUAUUUGAUGGGGCUGCUGGAGGAGCAGGGAUGGCUGGGGCCUCCUUCAGCCCUAAAAAGGAAAUACUCGGAGGAGAGCGUGAGAGAGAGUGAGACUCAGAGCUGCCUGGAUGAAGACACAUCAGAUGAUGUCAGAUGGCAGACCGAAGAUGAGAGGAAGAAGUUUGAUGAGCAGAAGGUUGAAACAGACCACUUGCCAUCACCAUCCUCAAACAAAGACGUCACCUGUCAACCCCAGCCCCACCAGACAUCCCAAACCUCCAAAAUGAAAGUCUUUGCCCUUGAACUAAGAGCAGUUAGAGUCUCAUACCUUCUCACUGGGGCUUUGAAAUCCCUGACUGUCAUUUUCAGCUGUGAGAAGCUAUCAGAUUUGCUCUUAGUACCUAAACAUGACCCCAACAACUCCCCAAUGAGUCCCCUUUCCAGUCCAAACUCUGACCAGGCCAAAGCCAGCAGCAAACAAUGGGAUGAGAGUGCUGAGCUGACUUCAGUACUACAGUAUGUGGUGCAGAGCAUGGUGAAGUGGGCAGUCAGGCCCUGUCCCAUCAAACAGACCGUCUCACUUGCUGACCUGGAAAGGGCUCAGGUCAUGAUCUACAAAGGAGCCCUCAACAGACUGCAGGAGGACAAAGAAUGCAAAGACUCAGGCCACCACAUGUCAUCUCAGCCUAUUUCAAAGUCCUCCAGCUCCGUCUCCUUGUACAGCGCUGGCUCAGAGGGCACUGCCAUCUUCGGCCAAUCAAACAGAGCCUCUGCCUCAUCCUCUAACACUGAACUGGCCUCCUCUCUACCAACAAACCAGCAGGCAGAUGGUCUUGAUAAUUUCAAUCCUUUCCUCCCCAUCAGCCUCCUCCAGCAUAUGGUGCUAACUCGGUUCCCUACGCUUACCGGCCUGGUUAGCACUCCCCCUGUGCUGCAUCCUUGCUUCAGCCUGGCCAGCUCUGCUUCUUGUGAUGCCUUCACAGAGCAGCAGACUAGCUUCAUGGAACCUGGUCCCUGCAGCACACAGGCCAGAAGCAGCCUGGAACGGACACAAAUGUUUGUCACCAGUCGGUUGCUAGAAAUGGGAUUCACUAUGAGACAUAUCUACUGGGCCAUGGAGGCAGCAGAUGUAGCAGGUGACUUGGACUCUCAAACCAUUGAGGUGUUGGCCAGCUGGAUGCUUGAGCACCCCCUGACUGAGGAGCAGCAGGCAGUGGAGUCCCCCAGACCGGAGGGUGUUCCAGACACUCCAUCUCCAGAUGGGCCAGAGACAGUGCAAUGCCCGGAGCGUUCUACCAGUCAACCCAGCGAAAGCUUGUUGCCAGGUCUUGACUGGAUAGAGAGGGAAAACUUCUUGGAUGUCCACCUGACGAGGAACAGACCUCCUCCAGCACGGCGGCGACGCUCAGGCCCAACUCAAAGAACGUCCUUCCGAAGGGCAGACUUGCCAUCACCCAACCCCCUACCGCAGCUGUUCCAACAACACACAGCGGUUGCUGAUUGGCCAGAGCAGGUGGAGUUUCAUCCUUACUCUGCUGAAGAGGAGUCAGAGUUGGGCUACAUGGAUGAUCCAUAUCAUGAAGAAACUUACGAGGACCUGCUCACACCUUCAUUCUUCAGCUUGGAGAGAGACACGCUCCAGAUAGUGGAGGCUGGAGAAGAACACAGUCAGAUGGUGAAGUGUGAGCUGUGUAACACCCUCACCCUGCAAUUUAACAACCAUAUAAAGCGGCGACACCCAGGUUGUGGGCAGAGUGCUGCACGAAAAGGUUACGACAGCACCGGGGCUUAUGUGGAUGUCUGGUUUAAAGGGGAGUGUGGCUCCAAUUUCCCCUUCUACCUCCUUUGCAGCUCCUGCAGGGAAAAGUAUCUGGCUGCAAAUUUGAACGAUCCAAGUGCCAAAUAUGAAAGGAUUAAGGGUCUGACAUGUGAUUUAGUUGGCCAGUUGGACAGUACUUCUGAUGAUGAUUGGGAAAUGAGUCAUCAAGAUGAGUGUGACACAGACAAACUGACAGGACUGGAGGACUUUGGGCUCUUGCUAAGACCACUGGGACUGACUGAAAAGAAACUGGUGCCAGACCCCAUCACCUUCACUGAGCCAGAUCCGCUGGGAGCCCUGGUUUAUCGCUCUGCUGACCCUAUGAGAGCAGUGGUUCCCAAAGGGAAUGCCCUUGCUGAGCAGAAGACCUCUUUGAGCCUUGGACAGCAAGCACUAUCACUUAGAGACUCUCAUGAUAGACUGAAAGCUUUAAGAAGAGUCACCUCCACUGCCCAGAUUCUACUAGCUUACAACAUGGUGAUGAGAGCACUGUCUCAAACUGCUUCUAGUGCCUCCGUGUGUAGCCAGUCUAAUGGACUAGAGUCCUUGGGUCUGGCAGAUAUCCGUAUUCUGGUGCGUUUGAUGACGCUUGCAGCAGGCGGCAGGGCUCACACCUGUGUGGACAGACAGUCUGGUGUGAAGGGGCUGGCGACAGAGCGCAACAACUCCAGCUGCCUCAGUUUCCUCACUACAGCCAUCGGCAGUGUGGUGUCACACAGCCCUACUGCGUACAGACAGCUAGUGGAGAUAUGCACUCAGGACCUAAUGGCAGCAGCUACAGGAGUGAACAUUGGGGCCAUCAUUGACCCGCAGCAGAGAGGUUGUCUGAGCUCCACUCUAACAGUUGCAACUCAGGGCACCCAGCAGCAGAGGGACUACAAUGAGCAGACACCCCCAACGUUCCUGGUCACACAAAGUCUGGUGUCCCUGCUCACUGAGAAGGGUGUUCACUGUUCUGGCCCAGACAGGCCUGAACACGAGGCUAAUGAUACAGGAAACCAGGGGCUGUCCUCUUCGUCCUUGCCUCCUUCCCCUUUACCCCACAUGGGUGCAAGAGUGGGUCCUCUGGAGCUUGCUAAUGCACUGGCAGCAUGUGUCCUGUCUGCCAGGCUGACCAGUAAACAUCGCCAGUGGGCAGCACAGCAGCUGGUGCAGGCCUUGGCUGCCACAGGAAGGGACAGUCCUACUCGGCCCCAAACAUACAGCGACCUCGCUGGUGACUUACGCAAAUGUCCUCUCAAGAGGCUGGAGGGGCAUUACAACAAGGUGGCCAGUUGUUCCUGGAACAGCGAACAGAGUUUGCUGGCUACAUGCUCUCAGGACAAGGUGGUGCAACUGUGGAGCAUCAGCCAGAACACUGUGGAGUUACAAACCACCUUCUCCUGUAUUACCAGUAAGACAGACAGAUCUAGCACUGAGAGGGCUGGCAGAUGUCAUCACAUAUCUCCUGUUUACUGGAGUACAGGCGGAAACUUUUUGGCUGCUCCUGAGAAUAAACACAUCAACAUCAUGAACAUCAGGGGAUCUCACUGUCAUGUGGAGGCCCAGGUGUCUCGGGUCACAGCUCUUUGUUGGGCUCAGGCCUUCAGCUUGUGGGUUCUUGACCAGCCAGCAGCCUGUAAGAACAGACCUGCUGAGAGCCUGUUGGUGGGACGGCUGGAUGGCUCUCUUUGCUGGCUGCAGGUCACAAUGCAGGAAAUAGACAUGCUGGUGAAGAGCACCGAACUCAGCCACUGCUACAGGAAAGAGGCCCCCCAGUGUGUCGCCUGGCACAGUGAGGACAAGGCUUUCGCAGUGGGCUAUCCCAGUGGAAAGAUCCUUUUGGGAACAACUGAGAUCUAUGAGAAUGAGCAGCCGGUAGUGCUGUCAGUCUUCCAGGAGAGUAUAAGUUCCCUAAAAUGGGACCCUACAGGACAUCUGCUGCUCUGUUUGGGCAGGUCAGAGGUGGUGAAAUUACUGGGACGCUCAGGGGGCACCUGGGUGACCCUCCACUCUCUCAUCCACAGCAGCACAGUAAAUACUGCCGAGUGGUGCCCACUUGCUGGCAGAGCACCAGAUCCCAGGCUCAUGAUGGCUGCAGGUUGUCAGAAUGGCGCUGUGCAUAUCUGGACAUUGCCACAGGGGGGUACUGUUGUAUCUUUGCCCAGCAUAUUGAAAAGCUCCUCGAGCCAGGAUAAAAGCAUUGAUGUGAAGGACAGUGCAAAGUGUGUUUAUGUUCUUCAUGGCCACAUUACGGCAGUGAAGUCCCUCUCAUUUUGCCCUGGUGGACUAGCUCUGGUUUCUGGAGGGAUAGGAGGACUGCUCAAUAUCUGGUCCUUACAGGAUGGUUCAGUCUUACAGACUGUUACUGGUUUGGGGUCAACUGUCAGUACGACCUGGAUACCAAACCUGGGCGUGGCUGCCUGCUUUGGAAGAUCAAAGGACGUUCUGUUGAUCUGCUGCACCCCUGACUGGAUCAGUCAAAAUCACGUGCUGGCUUCCUGUCGUAUGGUCCUCCGAAGUCAGAACAUUCUGGGUCUAAAUCGGGCACCUUGUUUGGCUGUACUGCUGGAGAGGUUACCUCUGCUGUUGCAGGAGCAGUACACCUAUGAGCGGACUCAUGUGGCAGCCGGUGACCAGCUAGUCCACAGUGCCUUCCUGCAGAGCCUCUCCUCCUUGACUGUCGGUUUGUCUUUAGAGAAACACCUGUGCCAUUACCCACGGCCCCCACAUCACACCAGUCCUAAUGGCCACUGCUGCCCAGUAGAGUGGAGCUGGCUCGCCACUUACGCCACUACUGUCCGCAGUGCUGAGGCUAUCGCCAGCGGCACCAUCUUCCCAGAAUCCUUCAUUGUUUCAGACCUUCAGGAGGUGGAUCACACUGAAAUCAUCAAGGCACUGGACAAUAGUAAGUGGAGCUUCAGGAUGGAUGAACAGUUGAUGUCAUGGGCCACCGUCAGACCAGAGGACUGGCAACAAGGGGGGAAGAGUGAGGUGUAUCUCUGGGGCAGCGGACGUUAUGGACAGUUGGCUGGAAUGGGAACGAAUCCCAUGAUGCCUACUCUUGCACCCUCUCUGUUACAGACACAACAGGUCGUCUGUGGUCAGAACUGUACCUUCCUGGUCCAGUCCAAUGGGACAGUACUGGCUGUAGGAGAGGGACAGUACGGCAGACUGGGCCAGGGAAAUUCUGAUGAUCUCUACGUCCCCACCAUUAUCUCUGCUUUUCAAGGUUAUGUGGUGACCCAGCUGGCAACGUCCUGUGGGUCAGAUGGACACUCCAUGGCCCUGACUGAGACUGGGGAGGUGUUCAGCUGGGGAGAUGGAGAUUUUGGAAAACUUGGACACGGCAACAGUGAAAGGCAGAGGAGACCCAAACAAAUAGAGGCCUUACAAGGAGAGGAAGUAAUCCAGCUUGCUUGUGGUUUCCGGCAUUCAGCUGUAAUAACAGCAGAUGGGAAAUUGUUCACCUUUGGCAGUGGUGAAUCUGGCCGUCUGGGUCAACGAUCAACAUCCAAUAAGAUGCUGCCUGAAAGGGUGGCUGCACUUGAGGGAUAUCAUGUUGGACAAGUGUCAUGUGGUCUCAACCACACGCUGGUCCUUUCUCUGGAUGGCAUGAUUGUGUGGGCGUUUGGAGAUGGGGAUUAUGGCAAAUUGGGAACAGGCUCCUCUACAGCAAAAUAUUACCCUCAGAAAGUGGAGCAGCUUUGCAAUAAGGGAAUCAAGAAAGUCAGUUGUGGAACUCAGUUCUCCGUGGUCUUGGCCUGCGAUGGACAUGUUUACACAUUUGGACAAGAGCGACUGAUUGGCCUGCCAGAUUCUAUGUUGAAGAAUAAAUCCAACCCUCAAUUGGUGCCUUCCCUGGAGGGGCUGUUCAUAGAAGACAUUGCUCUGGGCUGUGAACAUGUCCUCGCACUGUCCUCCACUGGAGACGUCUAUGCCUGGGGCUGUAACAGCGAGGGACAGCUUGGCCUUGGACACUCCAACCCAGUGAAGGAGCCGACACUUGUAACAGCCCUCCAGGGAAAGAACAUCAGACAGAUCUCCGCUGGCCGCUGCCACAGUUCAGCAUGGACCACCCCCUCUACCUCGAUGAAAAACUCAGGUGGCACUGGAAGUUUCCAGCUAGGCCUUCCCCAGUCAGUCCCUCCUCAGUAUAAUACCUUGAAAGACUGCAGCCCUGCUAUCCUCAGCAUGCGCCUCAGGGUACUCUACCACUUUUCUGAUCUCAUGUACAAAUCCUGGAGGCUGCUAAACUUGGACACCAAAAAUCCGGUAAUCACUGAUCCCAUUUUCUGCCCUUCUAAUCUGUUAAAAGUGUCCACGUCACGCUACAGUUCAGGGACAACAGCCAUCAUCCGAGGCGAGCUCAGAGGCCUUCUAUCACCUAAGGUCAACACUCUGCCUCUAGUGCGCUCCAUUGGCAGAACAAUGACCCAGGGCAAAACAUAUGGGCCACAGAUCACUGUGAAACGGAUUUCCACAAGAGGGCGUUCGAGCAAGCCCAUUUUUGUGCAAAUCGCGAAGCAGGUGGUGAGCUUGAAUCCUCUGGAGCUGCGGCUGCCAUCACGAGCGUGGAAGGUUAAGCUUGUCGGAGAGGGGGCUGACGAUGCCGGAGGAGUGUUUGAUGACACCAUCACUGAGAUGUGCCAGGAGUUGCAGUCUGAUGUGGUGGAUCUUCUGAUUCAUACUCCCAACAGUUUUGCAGAUGUGGGCAGUAACACUGACAGGUUCCUGCUCAACCCGGCAGCACUCUCCAAGGAUCACAUUGUCCAGUUUCGCUUCCUCGGGAUUCUCAUGGCUGUGGCCAUCCGCACCAAGAAACCUCUUGACUUACAUCUGGCACCUUGGGUGUGGAAACAGCUCUGCUCGAUGCCACUAGGAGGGCCUGAUCUGGAGGAGGUGGACCUGCUCACAUACCGCACCCUACAAGGCAUCCUUCACUUAGAAAACAGCGGAAUUACAGAGGAAAAUUUCCAUGUGAUGAUCCCGCUGGAUUCAUUUAUGGCCCACAGUGCAGAUGGAAGGCUGGUACCUGUAGUUCCUGGAGGUCAAAACAUUUCUCUAAACUUUUCCAACCGGACAGAAUAUGUGGAGAGAGCUCUGGACUACAGGCUACAUGAAAUGGAUUCACAGGUGGCAGCAGUCAGAGAGGGCAUGUCCACCAUCAUCCCUGUGCCCCUCCUCUCCCUGCUGACAGCGCAGCAGCUGGAGCAGCUGGUCUGUGGCCUGCCGGAGGUCUCCGUCGAGAUGUUAAAGAAGCUAGUGCGAUACCGUGACAUCACCGAGAGCCAUCAGCUUAUUGGCUGGUUUUGGCAGAGUUUGGAGGAGUUCACCAAUGAAGAGCGAGUGCUUUUCCUGCGUUUCGUCUCUGGCAGGUCCAGGUUGCCUUCCAAUCCGGCUGAUAUUACACAAAAGUUCCAAAUUAUCAAGGUUGACAGGCCCAUCAACGGCCUCCCUACAGCUCAGACCUGCUUCUUCCUGCUCCGCCUGCCUCCGUACUCAAGCCAGGCUGUCCUCGCCGAGCGUCUGCGUUACUCCAUCCACAACUGCCCCUCCAUCGACAUGGACAACUACAUGCUGACCCACAACACCGACCCAGCGGACAGCUCUGACACCGAGGACUGAAACAAGCCAGCUGUGGCUAACAGGGUGAUGAAUGUAUCUUCUCCGAUGCCAUGCACAUUAUGCACUGAACACAGAUUUUUAUUCGCCAAACCUGUAUGGUAGUGUACUGUUUAUAUGUUGGUCUAUGGACUUGAUUUGUGUAGUUUUGAUUUUCAAACUGUGCAAGGUGGUGUAAUUAUUGCAGUGCUUUCUCUGAAUCAAGACUACAGGGAUACAGGAUACAAUUUUUAAAAAAAACAUGGGUGAUUAAGCCACCCACAAUAAAAGAGUUAAUGUGCCUGUUUGUUUGAAAAUAUGUAAUAAUUUAAGGACCGGACCCACAUAGGCAGUAUUAUUGUAAA